AUGGCUACAGAAGUUGUAGAUCGAGUUGAGAUUAAAACUGAAAGCGUUACAAGCCAACCAGUUGUUACUUCAAGCACCUCCCCUACCACGAAAAGAACAAGCCGUAAUGAUAAAAGACGAGCUAGCAAUGAGUUAUCACGGCAGAACACCGAAGAGACUAAAAGACCACGGUUAGACAUAAAAGAUGCUGAAGUGAAAAAACGAGGGCAAAGGAUCUUUGGAGUUCUUUUAGGCACUUUGACGAAAUUCAAAAAUGAUAUUCAAAAUAAAACAGAAGCUCAAGAAUGUUGGACAGCGCAAAAAAAGAAUCUGGCGAAUUUCCUCCGUACAAAUACGGAACCUUCACUUUAUUAUCUUCCUGCUAGAGUUUCCCAACCAAUGGUUGAAACAAUAGCAAGACAGAAACGUCAACUGGUGUUAGAAUCAACUUCCUCUAUAUCCCGUGAUGAGAAUAAUAAUAUUAAUAUUAAUAUAGUUAAAGAGGAAAUAACAGAUAACGCUGAAGACAUUGAGAUGUCCGAUCAAAAUGAUAAAAAAGUAACAUCAUCAGAAAAUAUUAAGAUGGAAACUGAUCAGCCAGAAAUAAAGAAUGAAAAAUCAUUAGAGGAGAACAAUAACAAAGAUGAUCAAACGCAAUCAUCAAUGACGACUGAGGAAAAAUCGCCAAAUUUAAUUCAAACGAAUGAUACAGCUGAUACAACUGAUGCAACUGAUGCGACUUCGAAUAGUAUUAAAGAAAUUAUCCAUGAAGAGCACACACCCAAUGUCGGGAUCGAUAGUUUGACGACGGGUUUGGAUACAAAAGAUACAAAAAUCACUUCUGACUUCUCUCACCCCAUGUCAACAAAUUCAGUAAAUCCAAUAAUAAAUCAAUUUCUAUCAAAUAAAAUUAUGAAAUCAAUUUUUGGAACUUCAACUGAAAAGAAUGUUUGUGAAAAUGUUAAAACAUUCUUUUUGUCAACUCCGAUGCUUAUUUUUGUCAUAUAUUUAUUUAUAUACCUUGUUUGGAGUUAUGUUCAAAAAUCACAUUUGAUUCUAAUUGGAAUUGGGUGUGUACUUGGAAAUGCAUUUAAAAUCGGAUUAAAUUCGAUACAAAAUAAUGUGGUUGUGGUACAAGAAUCAUCUUUAUUUCGAAAUAAUCAAAAUUUAUUUCAGGGAAAAUCAGUAAAAUCAGAUGAACUUGAAAUUAAUGAACUUAAUAUUACACCACGUAUUAAUGAAUCGUUAAAUAAAGUCUAUAGUUAUAUAAUUCGGGAUAUAGUUGAUUAUUAUUAUGAUCCGAUAAAUCCCAAUCAAGAUCCUGAAUUAUCAACUCAAGUACGUAAUUCUAUGAAUGCUAUGACAAUAAAUUUGUCUGAAUAUCUUCGAAAUUCAGAUCAAAUUGAAGUAGGAAAAAUUUCUUGUGUUGCAAUAGCAGAAAAUUUUAUUGUACACUUGCGGGAAUUUCGACAAUUUAUUGCAUCAAAUAAAUCAUUAGAUGUUUAUUGUAAGGAAAAUAAAUCAUCAGUUUUUGCUCAAACCACCAAUAGGAAAUUACAAGCUUCAGUUCUUCGUUCUUUGUCACGGUUAAUGUUUACACGUCUUUUUCCAUCAAAUGAAUCUCGUAGUCGUAUUUUAAUGGCAUUUAUUUCUGAAUUAUGGGCUACACAAGUUUUUGAGAAAGUUCUUGAUACUAUAUGUGACCCGGAUUGGAUUAAUUGGACAAUUGUUGAUUAUUUGACUGAUGAUAAUAAUAAUCCGGAUGAAAUUCAUGACACUACCUUAUUUCAACAAUUGGCCACCUCUAUAGAUGAGGAAGUGGCUGGUUUGGCAGAAAGAUUAAAACAACCUUCAACUUCUUCAACUCAAUCAAAUUCACUUUUCAAUUUUAAACCUGAAGAAAUAAAUGAAUUAAAUAUAUCAAUUGGUUCUUCUUCAGAAAUUUAUUCGGUACCAUUUUCACCGAAUAGUCUUUUCUCUCGUUCAGCCAAUUCAAUCAAUUUACGAAUUAUCCUUGAUCGACAAUCCGAAAUGUUUGCCGAAUUUAUGGCUUUUCUUGAGGAAUAUAAUGCUGAUAAUUUAUUACGAUUUUGGCUUCAAGCUGAUUCAUUCAGAAAAAUUGCAUCCAAUGAAUUGAACAUAAAGUUAAUUCAAGAAGAUGCUUUGGGAAUUUUUAAAGCAUAUUUUGGUGAAGCUGCGACAUGUCCUGUAAAAGUUGUAGAAGAAAAUAUUGUUAAACAGUGUGCUCGAGAGAUUGCAAAGGCACCAACUUGUAAUUGUUUUAUUACCAUGCAAGAAUAUGUUUUCGGUGUGUUACAAAAUGAAUAUUUUGAUGAUUUUGUUAAAAGGAUGAAAGAACAAGGAGAAGAUAUGAGUUUUAUGAUAAAUGAUGAAAUUAGAAAAGACGAAGAAAUAGAACAUCAUUCUGAAGAUGAUAAUUAUAAUUCUCUGAACAAUUCUAUUAAUGACUCUAAUUUGAAUAAAUCGGCAUCAACAUUUUUAGAAAAUUCUGAAAACCAAGUAUCACAUAAGAUGGAAACCCUACAUGAAAUCUCAGAGAAUAUAGUCAAAGAAAAUCUAGUAACAGAAACUUCAGAAAAUUUUAUUAGCACUACUGUAGAAGAAGAAAACCCAAGAACAGAAAAUUCUAUUUACACAGCUGUAGAAGGAGAAGGAAUAGAAAGUCUUGUUGCGAUGGCUAUGGAAGAAAAUUCUAUUGAAAAUUUUGUUGAAAAUUCUGAUUAUGUAGCUUUAGAUUACGCAAUUGUAGAACAUGAGAGUGAUUUGGAAUCUUUAUUCGAACGUCCAUUAAUGGAUCUAAAUGGGGUUCGAAUAAAGAUGAAUGAUGUAUCGGAGUCUUCCCCUAAUAAAUAUAUUUAUUCACCCAAAUCACUCGAAUAUAUGAUUCAAGUUGAACAACCCGGUUCAACCGGAUGGAUUAUGACUCGAAAAUUUUCUGAUUUUGAAACCAUGCACUCCGCUCUAGUAAAAGCUUUUCCAAAAGCUGAGAAAGUAACCAUGCCUCGACUUAUGUUAAAGAGGAAUCAAGAGGCUUGUAAAGCUUUGGAAAGAUAUCUGAACAUAUUGUUAAGUGAUGCUACCUUAUGUGAAAGUGAACCACUUCAAAAAUUUAUGAAAAUAGAUGGACUUGAAACUGAGAAAAUGGCAAAACCCAAAAGUACAAAAAGUACAAAAAGUACAAAAAGUAAAGCACUUUCAAUUCUGUCAAUACCAAAAUCUAUGUCAAUGGUAAAUCUUGUAGGGGUAGUGUCAGGUUCAAUUUCGAAUGAUGAGAAUAAAAACCAACGUGAACAAUUACCAACGCAACCUAGUUCCGUUGAAUCAUCUAAAAAAUCAUCUCCUAAUUCUAAAAGAUCUUCGAAUAGUUCUAUUCAAAAAAAAUUGUCUUUAGAAAUACUUCCUGCAACUUCUGACGAAACGAUUAAGAAUUCAACGUUGACAAAUGAAGAUAUAACCCGACCAAGCGUUGAAAGUGUAAUUUCUACAUCCUGGGAAUCAAGCCGAACCGUAACACCUACGAUAGUACCUAAUGAAUGUGAUACUACUCCAAUAGGUAUUACUACUUCAAUAGGUAUUACUGAUACAUUAGUAACUGAAAGACCGACAUUAGAAAAAUUAGAAAUGUCAUAUAAUCUCCCUCCUGUACCUUCUUUUAACGCCUCAUCAUCAGCUUCAGGGGUUACAGUUAUAGACCAAACUCCGACUCCAUUAAAAAGACAUUCGCGACCACAAAAACAGUUGACCAGUGACGAUACUAAUCUUUUAAUUGAUCUACUUUUUGCUAUUGUCGAAGAAAUAUUUGAUUUAUCGGAAAAAUCACAAUGGCAUCUACGAAAAACCGUCCUUUCUGUAUUACGUCAAGUUGUAAGGAGGUCAUAUACCGAGGCAAUCAAAAGUUCAUUUCUGAUGACCAUUGAUUCCUUUUAUACUGAAGAUUAUUGUGUAUCAAUGAUAGAUAAUUUGACAAAUUCAUUUUGGCCUAAUGGAGAAUGGUCAGAUGUUAUUCAAGAAAGAACAGAAGAAGAUAAAUUGAAGACUAAAGAGGAUGCCAAAAAAUUACUUUUACAAAAAGCUGUACCUGAUUCAUUGAAACAAGUUAUGGGAUAUGAAAAUUCACGACUUAUGGUUGGAAGAUUGGUGGAUGAUUUCUUGGCCGAGAAAGAAGUAGUGAGAGGAAUGGGAAUUAAUAUAUUAGAUAGAGUGUUGAAACUUGUGAUUCCCGAAUAA